GUUCUGUCCUACAUUCAAAGAACUACAGUACCCACUCAACAAAACUCGAAAUGGGCCUCAAGUUUCCGCUCGUUGCUGGAUUCAAACUGGAUGAUCGACUUGGUGGCGGGUCAUUUGCAACCGUAUACCGAGCUAUCAACAUAGAAGAAGAACGUGUCGCAGCUUGCAAAGUUGUCGACUUAACCCCAAAGACCACAGACGAGGAACGAAGGACAUUACGCAAAGAGAUGAAGUCACAUUCCAGGAUGCAACACCCGAAUGUCAUCGAAUUCUACAAUGCUGUAAUUGUUGAACCAAACAGCAACUCUCCUUACUACCCUGCUGUUUACAUGCUUCUGGAAAUGGCGGCAGGUGGAGAUCUCUUUGACAAGAUCGCUCCGGAAAUGGGUGUCAGUGAAGAAGUCUCACAAUAUUACUUCACUCAGAUGAUCUCUGGCGUGGACUAUAUUCAUUCACAAGGAGUUUGCCAUCGCGAUCUUAAGCCCGAGAACAUUCUACUCGAUGCAGCAGGAACAUUAAAGAUAUGCGACUUCGGCCUUUGUUCAAUCUUCAAAGACAUCAAAUCAGGCAAAACUCGACAACUCACGGAUCGAUGUGGAAGUCUACCAUAUGUUGCACCAGAGCUUGCUGGUGAUGCCUUGUACGACGCAGAACCAAUCGAUGUAUGGGGGUGCGGGAUUAUUCUCUUUACCAUUCUUACAGGCACGACGCCUUGGGAUGAACCGACUAAGAACAGCCCAGACUUCCAUCGUUAUAUCAGAGGAAAAUGCUUCGACGAAGAUCCAUGGAACCAUUUCAGCUCGGAUUGCCUAUCGAUGUUGACGGGUCUGCUUGCUGUUGACCCUAGGGAACGUCUGACAUGCUCACAAGCGUUCCAGCAUCCUUGGAUGAUGCGACCGAGUCAACUAGCGAACCAAGGACCCGCCGCUAUUGCCGAGAAACUCACAGAGAACCUGAGGAAGCAGGGCGACUAUGACUAUCUUACACCCUCAAUGAGUGGAUCCGAAUCAGACGUCGACAAGGACGGAGAUACGAUCAUGAAGGCACCUUCACCACACAAAUCUCAAUUCACCCAAUCGCUUCUUCUCUUCUCACAAACGCAGUCUGGCCAAAGAUACACACCGCAUCUGACUCGAUUCUACACCUCCGUUGGGCCCGGUGUUCUACUGCCACUCAUCGAAGAGGCUCUCACCGCUCUUAGAGUCAAGUACAAACCCCCAGAACAUGUGAAGGAUAAGAGCAACCCCAAUCGCGGGCUUGUUCAGAUUCGGAUAGGCGGGUAUGAUAAACGAAAAUUGAUGUACAAAGGAUAUGUGAAGUUGGAGAACUUCACGCAUGGGUCGUAUUCAGGGACUUUCUGUCUUAUGCAUAGGGAUCAGGGCAACCCGAUAUCAUGGAGACAACUUUGGAAAGGCCUGAUAAUGUCCCCCGAAGUUGAGCCUCACGUCCUACGCAAACGCGCAGAUCGUUCUUAAAAAGUUCCUUACGGACACCGAUAUAUCCUUUUCGUCUUGGCUACGCCGUUACCCAUGUAACCCCAUCUCACAUUGAUUUUCAUCUUCAAUAUCUGGAUUGUAUUGCUACAGAUCACAUUGACUUGUAUGAUAGAUUGUCCGUCCCGUUUACUCGCACCUAUUACUACAUGCCACUUCCUGAAUAAACCUAGGCGGUAAUAUUAUGUCGCGAUCAUCUUUAAACAAGUGGAAAUGACGAAUGGCUGCUAUACU